CUCAAAAAGCUUGCCUUUGAACUAUUGAAGUAAGUCCCAAAACCAAACAUCUCAUUCGCUCCGAGUCUCCUCCGCCCGGCCGUGGCGGCUACCGUCCAUCGCCGAAUUCAGAGAUGUCUCCUCAAAAUUUUCUGUUGGAUGCAGCCAAAAAAUAUUUCACCGCAGGCAUAGUCGGCCUCACCAUUUCCGACCGAUACGCUCGUUUUACAGCUGUUCGUGGUCCGUCCAUGUCUCCGACUUUCAAUCCCCAUAGUAACAGCUCUACCGGAUUUUCAUUUGAUGACUACGUAUUGGUUGAGAAAUUCUGCCUUGACAAGUUCUCCCGCGGCGACGUCGUCAUUUUUCGUUCCCCAAGUGAUUAUAAGAAGAAAAACAUAAAGAGAAUUGUUGGCUUGCCAGGUGACUGGAUUGAUCUUCCUUCACUUGAUGAAACUGUGAGGAUUCCUGAAGGGCAUUGUUGGGUUGUCGGGGAUAACUCAGCUUGUAGCCUCGACUCCAGAUCUUUUGGCCCGAUUCCUCUGGGUUUGGUUUGUGGGCGCGUCACGCAUAUUAUCUGGCCUCCUCACAGAAUUGGCGGAGUAACCAAUGCGUUUGCCUCAAGUGGGGAGAGGACUUCAUGUUAAUGUUCUUUUUAAGAAGAGAGGUAUUGAUUUAUUUUUUAAUGGAAUGGAGUUGUUCCAUAUCUUUUGUGUUUUCAGAUUAGAAAAUCACAAUAUUUCUAUCCUUUUUAGGUUGUCAAUUUUCAAUCGAUUUAAUAAUAUUUCUGUAUAUAAAUUAAUUUUUCAUCAA